GCCCAUCAACUACUGAGAUCCCGAUGGAACUUCAGGUGCCCACACCACAGUUGGCGUCACAGUCAGGGCUCUUGCGAGUACCUGGCCAGGCUCCAGGAGAUCGCUGAGCGCAGCCCAUAGCUCCUGCGUAGUGCACGGGAACCCAGACAACUGCUGGAGGCAUGACUGUCAGCAACUCCUUAGCCAUUUGCCAUUUUUACAUUUAGGAAGUAGCCCGCUACACUCCAUCUUGAAAAGGCGAAUUUCUUGAUAUUUUAAAACGUACAAGAAAUGUGCCCAAAAAGAAGCCUUACUAUUCAAUUAUCUAACCUCGAAAGCGUUUCUCCUAAUGUAGGUGAUGCGCAAAGUUACAGACGAUGUAGAAUGGGGUCUUCAACAGCAGCGUCGCGCUUCCCGAAAAAUCUCGCUAUUCGCUGCCAUAUUGGAUUAUACGGGCUAUUAUGACGUUGGCACACGUGUUGCAAGGUAAUGUGAUUGUACACAGCAGCUUGAAUGUUUAGGUAGCGUGCGCAUGCAUGAGUACAGGCGUACACCAUAGCAACUGAUUGUAUCUGAACCUAGCAACCAAUCAGCACGCAGGAAUAUAAUGUGUCGACUUCCGUGAUUGGUCAGAUCGUGAUCUGUCGCACUUGGCAGCUCAACUAGAGCCAAUUGCCAAUUGCGCUUUGUGCUACGUGCCAAAGCGGGCACCUACGUCUGAAGAUCGGCGUCAACAGGAUGGGAUUUGCAAUCCCACUGUUGUUUGAGUGUACCAACAAGUAUUGUGGAGUUGACGUUUGUACCGGCCAUUCCUGCUCUUCCUCGCAGAGAGUGACUCCUGGUCAGGCCUUCGAAGUCAACAGAAGGAUGGUGCUAGCAAUGAGAGAAAUUGGGGGUGGCCAUGCUGCAAUGCAGAAACUAGUAGCAGUGGUUGGGAUGCAUGGCGGACUCGCAAACGAGCCGUUUGCGUCCCACCAGAAGGCCGUGGAAGCAGCCGCUACUGCAGUUGCCAAGGAGCAAAUGGCCAGAGCUGCUACCGAGCUCCGUACUCUGUGUGAUUCCACAGUACCUGAUCCUGGUAAUCAAUUACUUUGAAAUUGCUGUUGAUUCACGCUUCGACACGUGAUGCGAAUCCUACGUGGUGAUUGGUGUAACCUGACUCACGUAGCACGUGACACAAAUGCUGCUUGAUGAUUGGACAUUUGAUUGCAAUGUACAUUCCCCGUACAAAAAUGCCCAUAGAUAGCCACAGUUUGCACAAUAGUUUUCAAAUAACCUCUUAUCUCUUACUAAUUAUGCUGUAAUGUCAAAAAACUUGGUAGUGACUAAUUGGUUUUUGUAGCUACAUAUCGUCCUGACAGUGAUGAUGAUGACAGUGAAUUUCUUGGCUUUGCCACCACUGAUGAUGAUGUGGAUGUUGCUGUGUCGACUGAUGGCACAUGGCAGAAGAGAGGACACCAGAGUCUUUUUGGCAUCCAGGCUGCCA